GUCUAGUGAGUCCAGCGGCUAUUGUGAAAAGAAGAAGAAAAUUUGCUUCCUGUUGGUUACCAAUUUUAAAACGAAAAUUUACAAUUUCCAACCUACCUGGGCGACUUGAAAUCCCCAUCAAACGAUUCGUGAACGGAUAAGCUACAACAUUUGUUCGAGUGUUGACCCACGGAGAUCGAAUAAGUAGAGUUUCUGUGCGGAAUGAAAAGCAGCACUUUCUACGAUCCCGAACAGCAGCCCCGAAAAGCACAUCUUUCCGACAAGAUGGCGGCAGAAGACGAUUUGACCGUCGAGGAGCUGCUAGAAGCCCCGUACAGAAAGGAGGCUGAUCUCUGUAUGAGCUGCUCUGUGUCUGCUGGUCGGAAUGGUUGUAGUAGGCAAAAAAGCUAAACUAGAUCAGUCGACCAUUGAUCACACAUGCGUGAAAUCGUACGGACACGAAACUAACGCUUUAAAGCAGCCAACUAGAUUCACAAAGUACGCACCUAUUAACUCACACACCGAGUGAGAACGCACGAGCGGGUGGGAAACUAAAGGGGGGGAUAAUGAAACAGGACCCCAUUAUUGGUCCCCAGGUCACAUCCUUCCGCUCGUACGGCUCACUUUGAACCUAUUUUUCCCAUCUUAUCUCACUUUUCGUACAGUGUUCAGCUUGUGGGGCCAAUACGGGAUACCACACAUUGAGUAAACCACGUACCUAACGACCCACUAUGGUAUCUCGCAUGUAUAUGGUGAUUUAGGCCAGAUGUGCCAAUGUUCCGAUUCUCCAUUAAAGCAGAUGUUUACGAGAGAUCCAUAUGAUCAUUUUACGUAGGGCUGCUCUUCACCCUACUAUGGCCACAUGAGCCAUAUGUAGCAAGCAUAACAAUAUGUAGGCAGCGCGGAGAUGGUGCUUCAACAAAACUGCAACGUCGCCAAUUAAGGCAAGUUACAUCAUUGUUUAAUCCACAUCUCGCUUUCCGUUUUUCGUUUACUUUUCGUCCUAGAAUGACGACAUGUAUUCGGUGCAACCUUCCGCAAAGAUAUAAUGGAUAGAAUGCGUGUUGUUUCUUCAAGAGACUCGUACAAAAUGCGCGUUCAAUUUACGCACAUGUUUUACGCUACAUCUCUUGCAAAAUAUUUCUUUAUUAUACCCAAGAUAAUCGCUACCGACUGCGCGGCGAAUUUCUUCUUUAUAGAUACUCUCAAUGGCCGAAGCAAUCACAACUCCUGAGUCACGCACCUGAGAUGGAAUCCAAACGAAUUGCGGCUAAAUGGGGUUACUUGUUGUUUUACCAAAUGUACAACCCUUCAAAAUCCAUAGAUCCCAGUAUCUACUCAUUCUAGAUCAGCGAACGUGCUCGGCAGAAGCCUUUUUAGGACCAGAAACAAUCCAGCGGUUCAGCGCAUUCAAAGGUCUGCAGUUUCAUCAGCGAAACAUCGUUCGCAGAUCGUCGUCCCUCUCUUUACAGGUGGUUUUGCUCCAUGAAUUUUUUGAAGCGCGAACACAAUACUAGGGCACAAAGCACAUCACGAGCAGCCGUUGGUGUCCAUUCGUCUGCGGUUCAUAUCUCUCCCCCCACCAAUCUUUAUCGGUUUCUUCUAGGUUCGAUACGCUAGGCGAUUUGUCGGUAUCUUUAAGAACAUCCAGUACUCAACACACAUCGUCUAGUGGCAUGAUGAUGCUGCUCACCGCCGAUCGACGUGUUUUGUUUCUCUUUUUCUAUGAUGCUUUUGAACAGAUUCGUUGCAGAUGCAUUGGACGUAGGAAGAACGCUACUAAAACUCUCUUUCUGGUGCCUUCGAAUCGAUGGCAGGGUUGCGAUAAUGCAUAGUGUGGUCCACCAUGUCCACCAUUAGAGAAAAAAUAAUCUUUACCUGCACGAGAUGUUUUCCUGUGUGAACAAGAAAACAUUAUUUUAAAAGCGAUAUUUUCAUUUUGCAGAUCAAUUGCUUUUAAUGUGCACUUCUCCAAUCACGCGCCUGUUACUGGUUCAUGGUGAACAUUCCCUGCAAACGGUGGACCGUGUGCUGUGUGUGUAGCGCGUAUUGAUUGAAAGUAUAAAUCCCCUAUCUUUAGAUUUGAAUGCUCGAAAAACGGGGGAUUUCAUAAUGAUAUUGCGACCUUUCACGGUUGCACAACUUCGCCUUAUAUCCUCAAACGAUGAAACAGGAUCCCCAGUAAAUAAUGGCGUGAGCAAUGGGGAGAAGAAAUCCAAGGAAAAUGGACACAGCAAAUCGUCGAGGCAUCGCAGCCGCUCUAAGGAGCGUGAGCGAGAACGUGACAAAGAGCGCGAGCGAAGCGAUCGUGACAAGGAACGAGAUCGAGAUGGUGGGGAAGGACGCUCGCGCAAGGACAAGGAUCGCUCGCGUUCACCGCGACCACGAGACAAGGAAAGGGAAAAGGAUCGGCGCAAGAGUAAAGAACGUAGCAAGUCGCGCUCACCUCGUCGGGAGAGGUCGAAAGAUCACAAGGAAAAGGAUCAUCGUAGCAAGAACGAUCAUCAUCGGUCGGUAGAGAAAAGGCGGUCUCGAGAACGUGGCGGUGGUAUGAUUGAUCAUCGCAGAAAAUCCCGUGAGCGUGACCACCGCCGUCGCAGCCGAUCGCGCGAUGCUGGCCGCCGAAGACGCUCUAUGUCACCACGGCACUACAGGCGGGGCCGCGGUGGUUACGGUAGCUAUCGGGAUCGUACACCAGGAGAUGAGGUCAGCCAGGAGGAUCGGGAUGCACGGACCGUUUUCUGCAUGCAGCUUUCUCAGCGUAUUCGUGCCCGUGACUUGGAAGAGUUCUUUUCCAGUGUGGGCAAGGUACGCGACGUCCGGUUGAUCACUUGCAACAAGACGAAACGCUUCAAGGGAAUAGCGUACAUCGAGUUUAAGGAUCCAGAGUCAGUUGCCCUUGCACUCGGCCUGUCCGGUCAGCGAUUGCUCGGUAUUCCCAUCAGCGUGCAGCACACACAAGCGGAGAAGAACCGAAUGGCCAACCAGCCGCCACCAGCGCCCCCGAAGAAUCCAGCGGGUCCCAUGCGGCUGUAUGUGGGGUCUUUGCAUUUCAACAUCACCGAGGACAUGUUGCGAGGCAUUUUCGAGCCAUUCGGAAAGAUCGAUAACAUUCAACUGAUAAUGGAUACCGAUACGGGACGCUCAAAGGGAUAUGGAUUUAUCACAUUCCACAAUGCCGAUGAUGCAAAGAAAGCACUAGAACAGCUGAAUGGCUUCGAACUGGCCGGACGACCGAUGAAAGUUGGUAAUGUCACGGAGCGUCUGGACGUCACGACUCAUGCGUCACUUGAUACCGACGAGAUGGAUCGCAGUGGUAUCGAACUUGGUGCCACCGGUCGGUUACAGCUAAUGUUCAAACUCGCCGAAGGUGCCGGGCUUGCCGUGCCGCGUGCUGCGGCCGAUGCGCUGCUAGCAACUGCUCCGCAGCCUAUUCCGCAACAACCUCUCCAACAGUCGCCACCGAUCGCUACACAAUGCUUCCUGUUGUCCAACAUGUUCGAUCCCAGCACCGAAACGAACCCGAACUGGGAUGUCGAGAUACAGGAUGACGUGAUAGAGGAAUGUAAUAAGCAUGGCGGUGUCCUGCAUGUUUACGUCGACAAACUCUCGCCCUCGGGCAAUGUGUACGUCAAGUGUCCCAAUGUGGCUACGGCCGUACUCGCUGUCAAUGCACUUCAUGGCCGUUGGUUCGCCGGGCGAGUAAUCGGUGCUGCGUACGUGCCGUUGGUUAACUACUACAAUCUGUUCCCGGAUGCAGCCGCUAUGGUCACGCCAUUGCAGCCAAAACGAUCUGGCUGAAGUGGAUUUGCCAAAUGAAAAUCGCUAAUCGAUCAUCGUUUGGAUGGAUGUUUGGUAACUUCAAGAGAAGCUCUCGGGCACCAAAAAUCGAAAAUGUUUUGAUAGCUUUACCAACCAAUUGCUGCCGAUUAUGCAGCAGUUCACAGGGGCUUGGUUGGUGCAAACGAGGUUGGUGAUGUGAGGAUAAUAUAUCCUAUAUCCUGUUGUAGCACAUGACAGAAGCAGAUGAUUAACCGAUCCUUUAAAUGCUAGCCUUUGUGCUUGAAACAGAGAGAGGACAUCAGCAUCGAUUUCCACACCCUUUAGCUAAUAUGUGAUACGAAAACACGAAUGCCCCCGAAAAUGACUCGUUAUCUACACCAUACCUUGUUAAACUGAAUUGGCUGCUUUCGUCUACUUUCGUCUCGCAAAAGUACGAUCUUAGUACGCAAAAAUCAAGAAUCGCAAGAGCCAGCAACAAAAUCAGAAAAGAAACCGAUCUUUUCUGUUUUAGUCGUGAUGUUGUGUCUAGAGAUAAAGAUUAGCUGUAAGAAUUUUAAUAGUUCUAAGCAACAAGAAGAAGCAUUCAAUUGAACUUCAAAUCGUACAAAACGAAAACGAAAUGUUUAACCCUGGUUAAGCGAAUCAGAGAAGAUGUACCAAAUGAAAAAGUAUCUGGUCGCAAUUGUGUUUUUUUUUCGUAUACUGCACUCCUGCUGAUUUCAAGCAAAUUGUUCAAUGCAUCAAUGUUUCAAAAGUAUGUCAAACGGUAGAGAGGAGUAUUUGGGUGCACUUUCUGGGUGUAGAGCAUUGAUUUAAUUUCAAAUGGAUAUAAUUUUACCCCAGGAGUGGCACAAGAAAUUGUGUGAUGUUUUGUAUUAACAAAACAUACAGCUAUCAGGAUGAAGCUAGAAAAUGGUUUUAUUCAAAGUAAUGCCCAUGAGAUGUAUGAGCGAUCGGCGCUGUGACAACUCUUGUGUGCCUUCAGGCAUUCUUAAAGUGUAAAUGUAUUUUCACAUCCAAGAACAGGGCAUCGAAUUGGAAGCAGCAGCAAAUCGCAGCUAAAAUAACGAGCUCCGGCAGGGCAUUACCACCAACAUACUUCGAUCAUCUUUCGAGCCUGUUAUGAAUACUAUCCCAAUUGCUUCGAACGCAUCAGAUAGCUGACGGGGUUAUCAACUGGUCAAUUUGAAAUGCCACUCCUGGUAUGAUUAAUUUUAAGACAAAGCAAGUUAUAGUACGAAGAAGAGAGGUAAGGUUGGGAUUAGUAGCUGUAUAGCUACUAUACUACGGUCGUAAAGGUUGUAGUUGUAAUAAAUUGUAAGAAGGCAAUUAAUACAAACAAUUCCGAAGUGGUAACAAUACGUCUGCAGCAUUCAUUGUAAGCGAAAUCACUGAAAUAUCCGAAC